AUGUCGGCCACUUCGAUUAUCAGUUCGGGCUCUGAGACCCUGGAUGCGUGGACUCGUCGCUCGCCGCCCAAGAUCAAGGUUGAUCUGUCUGGACAAAAGGCGGGCAUAGUCAAUUCAUACACAACAGGAGAAAGCAUUGAUGGCACUGCCACAAUCAGUGUUGAGCAAGACACGCGUUUUGACGAAGUUGAGAUUGUCUUUGAAGGUACACAACACAAGACCCUGCUGAACAGCAAUGAAGCUAAUGCCGUGACAGGCACGUCACGAACCACAGUUGAACGUGCAUCAUGCCCCGGCCGUACAGGAUCGCAACAGAUGUUCCUCAAGUUGCGCCAACCAAUUGACGAGAAUGAAUAUCCCGCCCCUCGCAUGCUAGAGGCCGGUUGUUCAUACCAAUUUCCGUUCACCUUCGUUGUCCCAGAUCGCUUGCUUCCCCAGGUCUGCACGCACGCCAAGAACAAUGCGCACAUUGAACGGUCCCACACUUUGCUCCCUCCCACCUUGGGAGAUCCCAUGCUCGCCAGCAAUGGCAAGACACUAUUGGAUGAUAUGGCCCCGGACAUGGCACAGAUUGCUUACAUUAUUCGUAUCUCCGUGCUGAAGAGGCAGCAAAACGGGAACGCACUCAAGGCUCUCGGCGCCGUUGCCAAGAAGAUCCGUGUCAUCCCAACUGUCGAUGAGGAGCCACCCGUAGAGAUUCCCCCCAACUCCUCUCUCUGCAUGCGCAAAGAGAAGAGCGUGAAGCGGGGAACCUUGCGGGGCAAGCUUGGCCGUCUUGUCGCUGCAUCAUCUCAGCCGAAGCCCAUCCAAUUGCUUCCUCCCAGCUGCGAGCCUAAGGAUACUGUCAGCACCGUGGCAACCGUCAAUCUGCGCUUUGAUCCUAUCGCAGACGAAACGCCACCCCGACUGGGAUCGAUGACGAGCAAGCUCCGUGCAAACACUUUCUUCAGCUCUUCGCCAUGGGAGGAUUUCCCCAACUCGACUGGCAUGUCCUUUGCCCAAAUCGGCCGCGGUCUCUACAGCGAGAACGUGCACCUGUCCACCAUGUGCGUGGAAUCAGCACAGUGGACCAAACAAACAACAGACGACUCCCUCCGCCGGGACUCCGCAGACUCGUCCUCUUCAUCUGGAUCAGUGGACUCUACUGGCCCAUCCUCCGAAUUCAGCGGAAACACAUAUUACACAGCAUCAGUCGUCAUUCCAAUCACUCUCCCCAAAUCCAAAGCUUUCGUCCCAACCUUCCACACCUGUCUCAUGUCCCGCACCUACGCCUUGGAUCUUUGCCUAUCCUACCACACGCCCGCGGCCAAUGUUAUCACACCAACCGUCACCCUAAGCAUUCCAGUCCAAUUCAGCAGCCAAACAAAAUACGCCGAGUCCCUCAAGACUUCCCUUGGUGUGUCAGUCACACAAGAAGAACUGGAUGAAUUCUUCCACCCUCGCAAUGUCACCUCUCCCGUCAACUUCUCUGAUAGUCCGGCCAGGGAGGUCGUUGUCAAUGUGGAUCUCGCCCCACCCGAAUAUUCGGAGAGAAUUGGUGCUCCGGCGUCGCGGACCGUGCGAGCUGCGAACUAA